GCUUUUUCACUGACUGCUAAAAAACCUGAUGAUCGCUGGGGUCAAGAGAUUUUGACUGUUCUACGAGAAGGUUUGGCACCUAUAAAUUUGAUUGUUGAGACUGAAAUGCAUCGAGCAACCCCUGGUGGUACUGGCAGUAUAAAGACUGGGGGAAACUAUGCUGCAGUUCUAAAGGCACAAUCUGCUGCGAAGGCCAAAGGCUAUUCUGAUGUCCUAUACCUUGAUAGUGUUCACCGAAGAUAUCUGGAAGAGGUUGCCUCUUGUAAUGUGUUCAUUGUGAAGGGGGACGUUAUAUCUACUCCUGCACUAAAGGGGACCAUCCUACCUGGUAUUACACGAAAGAGUAUAAUUGAUGUUGCUCGCAGCCAAGGAUUCCAGGUUGAUGAGCGACUGGUAACGGUGGAUGAAUUGCUUGCCGCUGAUGAAGUUUUUUGCACGGGAACUGCUGUGGUUGUAUCUCCUGUGGGCAGUAUAACUUAUCUUGCUAAAAGGAUAUCUUAUGGAAAGAAUGGAAUUGGUCGUGUGUCACAACAACUGCAUUCUGCACUUACUAAUAUACAGAUGGGUCUUACUGAGGACAUUAUGGAUUGGACUAUGGAACUGAAGUAGGCUGCCAUAACUAUCUGCCAUAACUAUUUUCUUUUGGUUUCCAUUUAGGCUAGGUAUGUGUUUAUCUAAGUUCUCACUCCCUAGAUGUUGAAGAUUUUCAAUUCUCUCAAUCAUUUGUAAACAGUUUUUCUUUGAUGAAAUUUGAACAAAUACGUACAUAUGCAUGUAUUUUGUUCACUGUUUUUGCUACUCGAAAAAGCAACGAACUCAAGUCAGUUCUAUUUUAAAAGCAUCCACAAACUAUAUAUCACAAAGGCUGAAGUUUGUAU